AUGAUGGCGACAGUGUGCCGCGUUGUGUUCUUGUUGGCCGCUGCUCUGUGCUGCACUGCCUUGGGCGUGGCUGCUGCUGCUGAUACUUCCGCUGCGCUUCUCAAAGUUGGUGCGUCUGAUGUGUCGGCGAAGCAGACAGUCGUCACAGCAAAGACGGAGGCCGUGGAUGCAGCAAGGAAAGCAGAGGCAGUAGCAGUUUCUUUUAAAGCUGCACUGAGUGAAGCGGUGAAAGCGCAGGAGGCGGCCAAGAAGGCAUCAGAGGACGCAAGGGCUAGUCUGAAGGAAGGCGCCAAGAAGGCAGCGGGUCUUGGCUACCAGGCUUCGAAAAAAACGUUGGCUGCUGUAACGUUGCUGAAGGAUUUUGUAUCUGCGGGCUGUACUGUGGAAUCCUCAAAGUUGUCGACAGAGGGGAAGAACAAAGCUGAAAAGGCGUCUAAACUCACUGAAGGGGCCGUACUGAAUGCUACCAAGGCGGUAUCGUACGCUAAUGAAGUAGUGUCGAACGCUACAAAAGCAGCGACAGACGCCUCGGUUCUGGUAAAACAGGUGGAGGCGGAGGAGCAGAAAGUGAAGACAGCCAUGGAGAAAGCUAAGCAAGCGGCGGCGAGUAUACCACAAGGAGCGGAGACUGUUGUAGCUGCGGUUGAGGGUGCCAAUAAAGAAGUGAUGGUGGCAAGUUCCGCAGUGAAGAAAUACAUCAAGGAUCUAGAGGAUGCAAAGAAUGCGAUGAAUGCUCUUCUUACUGCAACAAAAGCUGUACUUGGUGCAGCAACGAAAGUGGAUGAGUUGGCUAAGAAAGCCAACCCGAGUUCGACUACAGUUGAAGGUGAAUGCAAUGACCUGAAAAAAAUGACGCUUGAUGGGCUUGAGGCUCUCCUAAAAGGACUGCAAAGAACCAACGAGGCAACAGUGCCCUCUAAGACUAAACUUGAAGAACUUGCUGGCCUCCUGCAGACUGCAAUAUCAACUACAGAAAAUGUUGUAGAGCUGGCUAAAACUGAGAAAGCAGCAGCUGAAGCGGCGUUGCUGCAAGCCAGGGAGGAGCUGGAAGCUGCUAAGAAAAAGCAGAAGGGUAUGGAGAAGCAAAAGCAGCAGAGUGAGAAGCAGGGAUAUGCGAAGCAAAAUCAGGAGAAACCAACAGAGGAGAUUCUGGAAAGCGGAGUGAGUGAAAGGGACGAACAGGAAGGACUCAACCUUCCCCAGCAACCCGACACUACUGAUGGCACUUCGUCUUCUUCUCCUUCUCCUGGUGUGCCGCUUCCUAAGACCGAUGACAUUGCGGAUGGCGAGAAGCUUCUUGCUCAGCACACAGAUGGCAGCGACGUCCCCGCGUGGGUGCGUGCGCCGCUGUUGCUGCUGCUGCUUCUUCUGGCCUUUGUGGUCGUGAGGUGA